AUAAUUUACACUUAAUUAUUUACAUCGAUAAGUAGCGUAUUGAUCUUUUGUAGCUUGUUGUUGUUGUUGUUCUAGAGAGGUUAUUUAGUUUCAGGUUGACGUAGUGUCGUGUGAUAUCUGGGAUAUCAACAUGAAUAUUUUGCCGAAAAAAAGGUGGCAUGUUCGGACUAAGGAGAACAUUGCUAGAGUAAGAAGGGAUGAAGCUCAAGCUGCUGAAGAAGAAAAAGAAAGGCAAAGGAGAAUAGAAUUAGCUGAAAAAGAAGCAAGGACUAAUCUUCUUAGAGAAAAAGCACGUGCCAAUUAUGAUGGAAGAGACAGUGAAAAGAAAUCAAGUGAUAAUGCUAACAUAUCACAAAAGCAUAUAAACUUUUUUGAAGAUCUUGAGAAAGGUGAUGAUCAGCUUAUUAAAUCAAAUAAAGAAUAUGAAAAAGAAAAAAAAGAAGAAACUGAGAAAUAUGAAAAGCAGAUUGGCUAUCUCACCUAUUUGGGACAAGAUACAAAUGAAGCCACUGGCAAUGUUUCUUGGUAUAAUAAAUUACCUGACCGAAAUUCUACUAAUGAACCUGAAAUUACAGUUGAAAAGAAAGCUCGAUACGAUCCACUCACCAAGAUAAAUUUUUAUCUUGGUCGAAAAAAUGAUAUAACUCAGAAUAGUAAUUCAUCUCUUAAAAAGAAAGAUAAAAAGAAACGAAAGAAGAAGAGAAAGAGGAGUAGGAGUUCUUCUGGCAGUUCAGAUUCGGAAUCUUCAUCUAAGCCCUCCAAGGUUAGCAUUGAAGAGCUGCGAGCUAAAAGAUUAAAAAGAGAAAAUGAAGAAAAAUUAAGAGCAGCUGCUUUAUUAGCUAAGCUUAGGGGUGACAUCACACCUGUAGAAACACAACCAAAAGAACCCAUUUUAAAACAAAAGUACAAUUCUCAAUUUAAUCCUCAUAUAGCUAAGCAGAACAGUUAUGUUUAGGUUAAACAAAUUGUAUAUAUAGUAUAAACAAAAAUAAGAUUUAUGUUUUUUGUUUUUUUAAUUGUAAAUAUUAUGAAGCACCAUACUUUUGUUCAGAGACUAGUAAUAUCAUUUUUGUACAUUUCUGUAAAUAUUUCUUUAAAUCAGUUAUCUAGAUAUAAAUUCUAAAAAUUAAAUAAAAGUGUUUAUUUAAAAUUACUGUUUUCACUAGGCAUGAAUCCUUUUAGUAUUGAUAACUGAUGGUGUUGCCCAAAUAAAUUUUCCAAAAAAAAGACUCGUCUUGGUCUCGCG